AAUGAGAAAAGAUUUGUUGUUGCCUAAGUCUUGCUGGUUAUGCUUUGCCGGACAUAUUUACACAUUUGUGAGGAUUAGAAACAUAGAUAAAAGCCUUCUCUUUAAGAUUUUCUCAGCAUGGGUUUCAUGUAUCUGUUCGAAACUUCUCAUUUUUGAGAAAAAGGUUCCAAGUACUACAAAUGUGUUGUUGAGAUGAAGAUGCACUCGAAUGUUUUAACCAUGGUGAGUUAGUGACUGAUCCCUGAUGAACAUCAUGGGUAGAAUUUCAGAUCUCUCCAGAUAACUACAGGUAUACUCCAAAACAAAGUACCUGUUGUUUGUAUAUAUAGCUUUGCAUGUCCAAAGAGAAGAUAAAGACUCCACUACCACCUUGAACGAUCUGGUUAGCACUACCAAUCUGCCACGUCAAAGCACCGCCCAUCAAAGCACAAAAACAAGGGCACAGCUUGGCGCGCCUUUACUUUGAUGGACGAUGAUUCGUAAUCCCAGCCCAAAGCAGCCGAAAAGACUGCCGUCCGCGCGCCCCGACGGAGGAGCUCCGUCCAAAGGCGACACCCUGCAGGAAUGCAGCAUGGUCGCAGGAAUCAAAUAAUUGACGGGGCCCGUCGGUGAGCGCCAAUAAAGAGGAGAAAUGGAGUCUCACACCACACCAGGUACUAGUAGAACUGGAGAAGUGCAGAGCCACGAAACCAGAAGCGCCAAGCUAGAGAGACGCAGAGGUCCCCAACACCCUACACACACUCUGACGCGCAAUGGCGACUCCACUGUUCUUCUUGCCGCUCUUGGUGUCCGUGGAACUCAGAGGAUCAGAGGGGGCGUGGUGCGUGUGCCGACCGGACGUGGCAGACGCGGCGCUGCAGAGGACGCUGGACUACGCGUGCGGGCACGGCGCGGACUGCGCCCCCGUGCUCCCGACCGGGCCGUGCUACAGCCCCGUCACGGUGCGCGCACACUGCUCCUACGCCGCCAACAGCUACUUCCAGCGGAACAGCCAGGCCAAGGGCGCCACCUGCGACUUCGGCGGCACCGCCAACCUCACCGGCACAGAUCCGAGCUCUGGAACCUGCACAUACCCUGCAACGCCGAGUGCCGCAGGGACAAGCAACGCAACCGGCACGGGCACGUCGUCUCCAGGCUCCACGAAUGCCCCGACGACUCCCGGCAUGGGAGGGAGCUUCACGACACCGGUCGGCGCGUCUGGCCCUUCCCCCAGCACCGUCAGCGCUGGCACCGCUGCUGCGUUUGUUGGUCGCCACGUCGUCCUCCUCGCCGUCGUCUCCGUUCUAGCUUUCGUGGUGCGCUGACUUGGCCAGAAGGCUGUUACCUCUGCAGCGUCAAGAAGCGCCACGAAUUUUUGGUUUGUCCUCUGCAAUCCAUCGGAUGUUUGGUUGCCACGGGUGGAGAUUUGGUUAUCGUUUGUUCUUCUGCUAUGAUGUUUGUCGCAGUUUUCUUUUAUCCCAAACUAGCAAAUUUGUGCGGCUAGAUUUGCUACAAUAUCAUUUUCUAAGAUUGUAUUUCA